AAAACUAGAAUAAAAAUACUGAAUUUUUUAUUUCAAUCGAUUCGCCGGGAAAAAAAUAACAACACCGUAUGCAUGCCAUACUAUUCCCGCCGAAAGAUUGAAGGAAUAUGAGCCUCUCUUCCCUAGAUUCCUUUUUCUUGCCAUUUGUAAGUGACCUACUCUGUACUUUAUUUUCAAAUGGCGGUUCUUACGGCUGUAAAAUUAAUACUUCUGCCAUGUCGUGCUCAAUUGAGGUUUAGAUACUUAUCUCAUUAGGGUUCCCCAUAUCCCAUUUCUAAUUUCUUCCGUUUUUACUCUCUGGUCUUGUAUAUCUUUACUGUUGUCUUUCCUGUCUGGACAUUUUGUUUGUUAUUUGGGGUUUUGUAUGUUUUGCUGUGUCAUUUCGAAAUUGUAUACAACAGACCAUUUGUUUUUUAACGUGCUACACCUAUCCUACAUUUUAGUUCAAAGUUCAAUUGCCGUAUCAUUUCUUAGUUUUCAGUCAUUUCCAGAGAGUGGAGAUAAAGACGUUUUUGUAGGCAGCAGGGCAUUUUCACAGGUUAAGAGCAGAACUGAAGAUUCAUUUUAUAAUUUCAGCUGUAGUCUCUGAAGAUGGGAAGAAAGACCAAAUGGGAAUCAUUAAUUGAACUAGAUGUGCAAGACAUUGUGAACCAAAGAAAUUAUUUCUCUAGUGAAGACCUUGAAUGGACGCCUAUUGGAGAAGGAAAUGGUGAGAUUGAUUUAUGUGCUGCAAUCCCUUUUGAAAGGCUUACUGAUUUUGUGAAAGGUGAAGGGUUGUUGAAUGGUAUGAAGACAAGAUUUGUUCGUAAAAUACAUAGAGAGAACAACCCUGCAGAAUAUACCGAACACACUACCAAGAUGUACUCAAGCUAUUGGUGUGCUUUUGGCCCACAAGAUAAUAGAAAUAAACCUCCAAAUCCACAGAGGAUACGUAAGUUUCAAAAGAAAAGGGGUUGUCAAACCCACUUUCAGGUUAGGGUUAUGUAUGGUAGACCACAUGUUGCACUUAUUACAUAUAAUGAGCGGAGCCAUUGUGAUGCCAAUGGUGAAUUUUGUCAUGGAAAAAAUGACACUUCUAGAGAUCCACAAAGUGCUUUGGCACUGAGCUUGUCAGAUGAGUGUCAAUCAUAUCUUGAGUCCUUAUUGUUGAUGGGUGUAGAGGUUGACACAAUAUGUGAGAGGCAUCACUUAGAUCAUGGUUUUCUUGAAUUGAUGAAUAAUAGGGAUGCAUACAUGUUGAGAAAAGAUGUACUAAAUGCAUGGAAAAAAAUACGCUCCAUUCGAUCCCAAAAAAAUAAAGAUGAUGCAAUAAGUGUUGGCUUGUGGUAUGCAGAAGAGAAAGAGAAUUUUUUUUAUUUCCAAUGGGCAAACAUUAUGAAUGAUGUUCCAUUUAUUAUUGGCAUACAAACACCAUGGAUGCAAGAAACAAUGGUGAAACAUUCACACAACUCAAUCAUUGCAAUGGAUUCCACAUUUUUCACAAACAAACAUGGUUUCCAAUUAUAUACUUUGCUUGUUUUUGACGAGCAAGAGGCUGGCAUACCAGUUGCAUGGGCGAUAUCCUCAAGACAUAACAUUGAGGAUAUCAAUGAAUGGCUUGUAGAAGUUCAUAGACGAGGAAAACAAUGCAAAGAAGAUUGGCAUGUCAAUGCAUUUAUAGUAGAUGAUGUUGCUGCUGACAUCCAAGCAAUCAGGUUGCCUUUUGAUUGUCAACUACAAUUAUGCAGUUGGCACAUACGCAAGACAUGGUUGAAAAAAGUACACAGGUAUGCUAGAGACAAAGAUGUUGAAACAAAAAUGUUGGAUAGAUUGGGUGAUAUUUUCUGUGCAAUGAGCAAGAAUGAAGACAUCAUUAUUCACUUAAUUGACAAAUUCAUGAAGGAAUUCCCACAAGAGAGGGAUUUUAGAGGUCACUUUAAAAAAGUUUGGUGUCAUGAUGAUGGUCAUAUUGCUAAAUGGACAAAAGACUUUCGAAACUUCUCCAAUGCAAGUCAAGAAAUUAAUGCAUCCAUAGAGUCUUAUCACUUUUACAUUAAGAGUUGUUAUUUAAGUGAUUACGCUAGAAAAUGUACAAGGAGGAUGGAUUGGCUUAUCUGUACGCUUCUUCAUAGGGUAGAGCCUUUUUAUAAGAACAAAAGGUAUUUGCAGUUAUCAGAAUUUAAAACUAACUUCAAAAAAGAAAGGUAUCACAUUACAUCACUGGAGAGGUCAAAAACAAUAUUAGAUACAGACUGCUAUUCAUAUGAUCUCCCUAACACAUAUAAGGUAAGAAGCCAGUCUGUUACAGAAAAAGAGUAUCUUGUUAGAAAGUUUGGGCCCAAAUUCCUUGUAUGUGAUUGCCAAUGGGCAAAGAGGGGAAACAUUUGCAAGCAUGUGUUGAAGGUUUCGGAUUUUAUUAAGAGAAACAACGCAGAGGAGAAAGAUCAUGUUGCUAUUGUUGUUGUUCCAUUAGUUGAUGAUGAUCGACGAGGGCAUUUCUAUCUUGAAAACCAUACCACUGAUGGCUCUAUUCCAUUGGAAGAUGAAGAUACAGAAAGGCAUUUUUAUGUUGAAGAACAUACAACAGAGGUCACAAAGGUAGCUGAUGCUCGCAGUGAAGACCUGAAAAACUCAAAGAUUUUUUUGAAAUCAGUACUCCAGAAGUUACCAACUACACCAGAUCAGAUAUCUGCUUUUAAUGGGUGCAUUGAAAGAUUUAGAAAAGAUCUCCAUGAAUCUGGUCUUUACUCCAAAUUCAAAUCAGACCUGGAUUUAGAGGAAAUAUCUUUGAGACGGAGAUCACUGUGGUUCAGUCCAAUUAAAAUGCACAAAUCUAAUUCUAGCCAUCCAAGAAGCAAUGCCUUUUGUCACGACUUGAAUGAUAGAAUAGAGGAAUGUGAAGAAGAUUCUCUGUUACAGCUUGCAGUAAGUAAAAGCAAAAAAAAGUCGUGAAGCAUUCAGGCAUGGUGACAUAGGCAAAAUUUGUCCUUAUUGUGCAACAACAAACUUUGGAUGAUCAACUAAAUACUCAGUGAUGUUGUUUGCACUUCUUUUUUGAUCUGAACCAAACAACAACAAUGGAUGCGAUGCAAUUCAUGGACGAUGAUCAACAAAGCACUUGGCAUUGUUGACUACCCCUUGGUGUUGAUCUUAACCAGACAACAACAAUGGAUGCAAUGCAAAAUAUGGAUGAUAUAAUAAGACAGAGCAUAUAUGUGGCAUCUUUGAAUGCCUUUUUUGGUACCAAAGCUUUGGGCUAUUUACCAUCCGCUUCACCACGAUUAGCCACUUCUCGCACUGCUUGAAUCUUCGUUGUUGAUCAUUCAAUGCAUUUCCUGAUUUCUUCUACAAAAAUUCAACUUAUAAGCUCCUGAAAGUAUCUGUACAAAACGGUAGCCUUGCUGAAUGGUGUAACUGUGGUGGAGAACAAAGGCAGGAAAGGCAGGAUAAUGGAGAACAAACGACCACAAUGGAGGCCAGGCAGGGUGAUCAAAAUGGGUGGUUGACUACCCACAACUUGACAAAUCUGUGAAAUUGCUCAGGGAGAAAGCUCUGUUGAUGGCUUGCGUGAAAUUUUGUACAAGUAUGGAUAUCGUAUGUGAAGAUUCCUCAGAAAAUUCUUAGUUUCUAAAGUUUAUCGAAUUCAAAUUUCUUCAGUCUAUUUGAAAUGAAACAUGCAAUACGCUUGACCACGAAAGAGGUUUACUACAUUUGCAUGGGCUAUAUUUUGAUUGGGGUUUCUUAAUUAUUUUUCAAAAAUGAUUAGAUUCAUCAA